AUGGAAGUCUUGAAGCACUUCUGGAAUCAAUCUUUCUUCAUACCCAAACCCACCCUCACCGAGACCAACCUCCCCGACCAGAAGGGGCGCGUCGUAAUCAUCACCGGCGGCUAUGCCGGCUGCGGCAAAGAACUCGCCAAAAUACUCUUCCAACGCAAUGGCACCAUCUAUAUCGCCGGCCGUAGCAGCGCCAAAGCGGAAGCUGCCAUCGACGACAUCAAGACAGCAUUCCCAAAAAGCCAAGGCCGCCUUGAACCAAUGCUCCUCGAUCUCUCGGACCUGCGGACCAUCAAACCCGCCGUGGAUGCCUUCCUCGCCAAAGAAGACCGCCUGGAUGUGCUCGUCAACAACGCCGGCGUCAUGUUCCCGCCCAAAGGCAGCCUUUCAGCACAGAAACAUGAAGUUCAAAUCGCUACGAAUUGCUUGGGUCCUUAUCUCUUGACGAGGCUCCUUACACCCCUUCUUACAGCUACGGCAAAGGACUCCUCAAGACACCCCGGGAGCGUCCGCGUGACCUGGGCCGGAUCUCUGGGUGUCGACACCUUCAGCCCCAGAGGCGGUGUCACUCUGGAUGCCCACGGCGCCUACGUUCCGAGCGUAAAGCAGAACCAACAUGAGAACUACGGCGCUAGUAAAGCCGGUAAUGUCUUCCUUGCCGUUGAGUUUGCGCGGCGCAACCCCUUCGAGCAGAGCGGCGUCAUCAGCAACUCUUGGAACCCCGGCAACCUUCACACGGAACUGCAGCGACAUAACACGGAUUUCGCGUCACGGAUUGUCAGCCGUCUGAUGCUGUUCCCAGCAGUUUUCGGAGCCUACACGGAGUUGUUUGCUGGAUGGGCCGAGGAAGCGGGAAUGGAAGAAAGGCACGGAGCCUAUGUGAUUCCAUGGGGCAGGUUUGGAUCGUAUAGGCAGGAUGUCAGGAUCGAAGUCGGGAAGCAGGGUGGGAAUGCCGAGAAGUUUUGGGAUUGGUGUGAACGAGGGACGAAGGAGUUCUGCUGA